AGGAUGUUGGCAGCUGAAUUGUUAAACCUGUCUCUGAUUAUUAUUCCUUUAGAUCACGCUGAUGUCACCAGAGUAAUUUGAGCCCAGAGUCUUUGCGCUGCCUUUAAAUAACAGCCCCGGGGAUGAGUUUUCUCCAGACUCUUUAGGAGAGCCCAAUCUGGCGAGAGCCCCUGUAGACAAAAGCUCCGAAAAGACACCAAGCCUCCUACUCCACCAUGUCUACUUCGCUGAGAGUGAGCCCAUCCGUCCAUGGGUACCACUUUGACACCGCUGCCCGAAAGAAAGCCGUGGGCAACAUCUUCGAAAACAUAGACCAAGAAUCCCUCCAGAGACUGUUCAAAAACUCUGGGGACAAGAAAGCUGAGGAGAGAGCCAAGAUUAUCUUCUCUAUCGACCAAGAUCUGGAAGAGAAGACCAGAGCUCUGAUGGCCCUGAAGAAGAGGACCAAAGACAAGCUGUUUCAAUUUCUGAAACUCCGGAAAUAUUCGAUCAAAGUUCACUGAACAAGUAAAGCUGGAGAGAAUGGCUGAGAGGACAAGAACAUUUAAAGAAUGAAACUGCGUUUGUGAGAUCCUGACAAUGCCUCCUGCAGCUGCCUGUCAGCCUCGGGUAAGGACCUCCACGCCUGAGAACAAACUGGCCGUAAUUGACUCAAACUCAUUUCACACACUGAAAAGUUGCCGGGAAAGGAGGCAGAAACACUCCUGGCAGCCAUGAGCAACUCUCCCAGCGGGAAAGAACUGUUUCGGGUGUCCAGGGGAAAAGAAGAUUCUGCUGGGAGGCAUGCAGGUCACAGCCAGAGACAGCAGGAAGAGGUAUCUACCCGAAGUCACUCCGACAGACCCCCUGGGGCAGUGGACUGAGUUUCAGUCUGAACUUUUUUCUACGAGCCAGGGGGAAGAGUGAACGCCACACGUGUUUACAGAUUUUUUUUUUGUUGAACUUUGAAAAAGUACAAAAACCAACUGCCAAGCCUCAAAGCUGCCCGUUGGCAUGGACGUUAGAAGAUCAACAAUUGAUCGUCUCAUCUGCAUUAUUAAAAUGCCUUAAAAAGUACACACCACACGGGUGUGAGUAGAAACUCAAGGGACUGCCUAAAAUGGCUUCUUCAGAGCUGUGCAAUUUUGUCUUGCUCUUCUGAUCUAUAAAGUGCUUUUUUUUUUUGAAAAAAAAAUACAUAUAUAUGUUUCAUACUGGUUGCACAAAAGUUAAAAUAAUUGAAUGGAAGUACUGUGAAAGUCUGUUACAGAUUGAAAAGAAAAAUUUAACAAAUGCUAAACUUUGCUAUGAUUAAAGUUUCAUAGAUACUGCAUUUUAAUACUAGCAUUUGAUAAUUAAACUCAAUAUUUUAUAAAGAUGCAAUAGUUUCUAUAAUUUAUUGUAUGUAGAAAGUGACCUGCAACCAUAAUAAAUUAUUAUAAAUGUA